AUGGCUCACAUUGGAAUCUCCAUCCAUGGCAACAUGCCGGCUGACUUGUCAAGCACGCUGAGUUGCGGAGGAGACUUCUCCUCCCUGGCGAAAAAAAUGAUCCCCUUGUUGGACGAGGCUGCAUUUGAGAUGGAGAUAAUUGAUUUCCAAACAACCUCCCUGGUCAGUGAUGCACUCAGAGGUGCAGAGUCUGUCUUUAUUACAGCCAACACAGUGAGUGAGGUGGGAGCGAAGCUGACGUCUGACAGAGGGAAGCUUUCAUUGUCAAGAGCAGAACAAUUGCUCAUGGCAAUUGUAGACGACUCUGAGGUUGAAGACUUCUCAGAUGGGGAAGAUCAUGAUCCUGCUGUGGAUGAAGUCAUUCCACAUGAUGUUGACCUCAUAGAGCAACCUGAUCAUUCUGAAGAUGAUUAUUCACCACCUAAUUCACCAGAUGAUUCAGAUGAAGAAUAUUCACCACCUGAUGCAGCUGAAGAUAGCGAAUCUGAGAAUGAGAGUCAGCCACAAUAUCCACAAGUGCACAAACGUGGCCGUAAACAACAUGUUGAGAAUGAUGAGCUGGACGAGGAUGAGCAAGGACGUGGAGAGCCCAGGACAGAACCUAGGAAUGCUGGACGUGAAGAGCGCUGGAGGUCUGCUCCAUUUACUGCAAACUUAGUCCAGUUUCAGGUUGAAGAGGAUGAACUGAAAGAUGAGCGAACAGGUUGGCAGCCACUGGAUUAUGUGGAGCAGUAUAUUGACUCAGAGCUGAUGAAAGUCGUUGCUGACUGCACAAAUGCCAUGUCACUGGCUAACAAAGAGAAGCGGAAAAUUGACAAAUUCUGGAAGGUGAGGCCUUUUAUGAACCGCAUACUCACCGGCUGCCGCCUUCAGGCCCAUCCAGAAUGCGUCUCAAUUGACGAGCAGAUGAUCCCGUUUACAGGGGCCUGUCCAUUCCGACAGUAUGUGCCACUAAAGCCAAAUCCAGUCGGAAUGAAGAACUUCGUGCUGGCAUCAGUGGAUGGAAUUGUGCUAGACUUUGAAGUCUACCAAGGUUCAAAGACACUGGGUUUGCAGGUUAAGGACUCAGAUGGAUUGGGUCUAGGAGCACUGGUCGUCAAACGUCUGUCUGAAACCCUGACUGCUGGCACAAAGGUGUAUUGUGAUCGCUACUUUACCACCAUACUAGCUGUUGAUCACAUGCUGAAGAAUGAGAUCUAUCUCACUGGUACAGUGAUGAAGAACCGGGUCCCACAAGCAAUGAAGAAGCUCCCGGAUGACAAAACCCUGAAACACCAAGGAAGAGGUGCCUCCGCCACAGUAACCAGGGCAGAUGGGAAACUAUGUGUAGUCAAGUGGUAUGACAACAAGCCAGUUGUGAUGCUCUCCACUGUUCAUGCAGAACAGCCAGAAGACACUUGCCAGUGGUGGUCCAAGAAGGACAAAAAAUACUUGACCGUCACACGACCAAGCAUCGUGCGCGAGUACAACUCAAAGAUGGGAGGAGUUGACAUGUCAGAUAGAAUGAUCAGCUACUACCGAAUGAGUGUGCGGACGAAGAAGUGGACCAUUCGCAUGCUGAUGCACUUCACUGAUCUUGCUCUUGUCAACAGCUGGCUGCUGUAUCGCAGAGAUAAUCAGGAAAAUGGUACCCCAAGAAAAGCUAUCAUGAAGUUUCUUGAGUUUCGCAUGGUAGUGGCUCAGGUAUUCCUCAGCAAGUGUGAUGUUCUUCACAAAGCUGCUCGUGUCGCAGAAGCAGAGAAUGAGAAUGGACACAUUCCACCACCAGGCAAAAAAUCUCGGGUCACUCCAAUCCCCCACGUCUCAGUCCGUUCCAGUGCUGCUCAUCUCCCGGAGAUGGUUGGCUUGCAAAACCCAAUGCGUUGCAGAGCACAAGGCUGCACUGGGAAAUCCCGUGUGCGAUGCAUGACAUGCAAUGUGCACCUCUGCUUGCAAAGUGAACGCAACUGCUUUGCAGCAUUUCACAGCGGCCAGUAG